ACAACUUAUUAGUUCCCUGUAUUCAAAUGCGGAAGUGGACGCAUGUUCGUAGUUUCGUUUUCCCAAUUGGUGUUUUGUGGUCUGUAAAGUUAUUAUUAACAUUAUCUGCAAAAUAAAUUCUGGCACUGCACCUAUACCGCUGUGGAAAGGCGAAAUAUAAUGGACAUCGGAUCUUCUCAAAAUGCAAUGGAUACCGGGUCGCGUGAAUAUCUCAUUGAAAGGGACCAGUUGGAAGAAGCUCCUCAAGACCCAGAGCCACCAGUUCUGAAGAAAUGGAGGCACCUCUUCUAUACCGAAAAGCCAAUAAAGCUCUUUGUUUGUAUUUUCUUUGGGUUGCUCCCAUUCCAGAUGUCGAGGCACCACACAAAACGCCAUCACAUGUACUUGUCAGCAAUAUUACUCAUACUGCAGUGGUUCAGUAUCUCAAUGUAUAUUUACUGUAUCAAAACAUAUUGGACGAGUGGAGGUGGACCUCACAUCCCAAGAGACACUAUGGUUGUCAUGGUAGCAUUGAACACCUCCACUGCUGUGUCAUUUACGUUGUCUGUUAUUUACUUCUACCAAAGCUCAAACAACUUAAAGGCACAUUCAGUAUUUGAGUGGAUCAACGUGAUAAAAAGCACUGAAGAGAAACAUAUAGAAAAUUACAACAUUUGGUUUGCCCAACUAACCGGAUCUUGUUUGAUUUCUUAUAAAUUUGCAUUUCCAUUUAUCUCUGCCAGUCGAGUUACAGCACGGUUCAACAUUUUUUACUACAACGUAGCGAGACUUACCAAAGUCUCCGACAUUCCAGAUUUGGCCGUCCUCCGAGAACAUUCUGGUUUCAAACUUUUUGGUUUCCGUAUCACAACAAAUGUCGCAAUGGUCGCGAUUUUUUCAAGCUUCAUUGGAGCUUUAAAGUUUAUUGCAGACUUCAGUACCAACGAAAGUUAGGUGAUCAAAGGGAAAUGAAUACGAUUAUUGUGACGUCCAUCAAAGAAAAUAGAUUCUUAAAGGCUCGUGCGCAACCGGCAUGCUUUGCUGUCGCGGAAUUUUUAUGUGAGGAAAAAUCUACAAUAUUCUGUAUCUUCGUGCAGUAUGAUUCUAGGCCCGUUUUGAAAAUCACGUCGCAAAGCAUGCCGGUUGGGCAAGAGCCUUUGAAGGGUCAGAAGCUGAAUAUCAAUUGUUAGUAGCACACUAAACUUUUUAAAGUUGUACACUUUCUUCACAGACACCUGCAGGAUUAUUUUCUGCAACCAUGAUUGUCAAAGUUUAUUUGGAAAUCCGACCAUACACCGAGCCACAUCAUUUUGUCUGCCAGCCUAGAAUUCCAUUUAUAUAUCCUUAGUACCAUUUUUGAAUCUGUUGUCAACAUUUGACGUAUUCAAAAUUCAUGAUCUUAACAUGUCGAAAGUAUGCUGAAAAGUUGUUGGUGAUAAUGUUGAUAACUGUCGUAGGUUGCAUAAUGUCCCCUUUCUCCAAAGUACUCUACAAAUCUCCAGCAGCCAGUGUUGGGGACUGGCUUUCUAAUAAAAAAGAAAACUUUGAAAAUUCUAAAGAACAUCCUAGAAUCAUUGUUAUUGCAGUAUAUCGCCAUUUAAAAUUUCUUUACACAAAUUUCUAUGUAGAUAUUAUAUCAGCAUAGUAUCAGAGUAUCAUUAGAGAAAUAGUAUUUAUGAUCCUAGACUAGACGCUAUGUUCGAUAAGUAUAAUAACGAUAAAAAUAUUUUAUGUAUUCGACCACUUCUUCUAAUAAUACGCUCAUGCGAUAAAAGGAAAUUUUUUAUUGUUACUGGAUUACCUUUUUACUAUAUCGCAUUGUCUUCUGUGUUGUCAUAUUUACGUUUUAUGUAAUUGCCCUUGUGACUUAGUAGCAUUUUAACGUACGUGUCAAAGUAGACAUCAUUUUGUUUGUUUUUCAAAAUACUGUUUAUCAAAACUUUUUGUAGUGUGCUAACUAUUCUUCAUUUACCGCGCUUUUUAUUUGAAUGACAGUUUAUGAAAUGACAAUUUUAAAAUCAUAAAUUUUUUUAUUAAUAAGCUAAAGUUUCUUGAA